AUGGCAAGCACAUCAACAACACCCCGGACUCCGGUUCGGAUUGACCCUUCCGCUGUCGCCGCAGAGACAAAGGAUCAACGCAGAGCGUCAUCUUUAAGCUUCCUUCGUCGCUCCAAAUCAAUUGAACUCUUGGGUGAGAGGAGACCAUCUGCAAGCAAAAGUGGCAAGAAUAUACCGACGGAAGCGGGAUCUCACCAUCAACGCGCAUCAAUGCUAUACCACCAACCUCCCCGUCUUCCAAGCUUGUCUCCGGCUCCAGUCCUGGACACUUUUGGUGGCGAGUCACCACGAGAAACCACUGCAGCGCCUUCCACCCAGUCUCCCGUGCCCCGUCCGCAGAGUGUGUCCCGCAGUACGAUGAGUACGCCAGUGAAGCCAGAGAGCAGCGAUCCAUACGCGCGCGCGGAAAGCAUGGCAAACCGUGGACGUUAUAGCUAUGUAAGCAGCGCUGCUAGUUCCGUCAACAACCCGCGUCGUCUACGUCGUCGCAAAGAUCCUACUCCAUACAAUGUUCUUGUUGUUGGCGCAAGUAACUCGGGCAAGACAUCGUUCCUCAAGUUUCUCAGAAAGUCUCUGGAGCUGCCCAGCAAGCAUUCAAAUCGUCAACCGAGUGGCCUGGAAGAUCAAGAGGGUCUGUCUACAACAGGCGAAGGCUACACUUCCUCCUAUCUUGAGACUGAAAUCGACGGUGAGCGGGUAGGCCUUACUUUCUGGGACUCACCGGGCUUGGAGAAGAACAUUGUCGAUAUCCAACUACGUGGUGUAACAGGCUUCUUGGAGAGCAAGUUCGAGGAAACCUUGAGGGAGGAAACGAAGGUCAUUCGCUCUCCCAACGCCCGAGACACGCACAUACACUGCACUUUCCUGAUUUUCGAUCCCGUACGCUUGGAUCAGAACAUCGCGGCCGCUGAAAGAGCAGCGCAAGGGACUCCAAGAUCAACCGACUCAACCAUAAUUGGCAUCCUAGAUGAAAGACUGGAUGUGCAAGUCCUACGAACCAUGGUGGGAAAGACCACUGUCGUCCCAGUAAUCAGCAAAGCCGACACAAUCACUGCCGGGCAAAUGGCAUACUUGAGGAAAGCAGUCUGGGAAAGUCUCAAAAAGGUCAACAUAGAUCCCUUGGAAAUAUUGACUCUGGAAGAUCAGGAAGAAUAUACUUCUUCAGAAAGCGGUGACGAGGAAGAGUCUGGCGAUGAUGAGGGGAUCUCUAGAUCUUCCGCCCCAUCCGAACCCAGCCAGAACGCUCCCGAGCCCCAAACCGUGCCUCAGCUACUUCCGUUCACCACUUUGUCUCCCGAUCAAUACUCGCUGAAGUCUGGGGAUGAGCCCAUUGGCCGCAAAUUCGCGUGGGGUUUUGCCGACCCAUACAAUCCAGAGCACUGCGAUUUCCUCAAAUUGAAGGAGGCUGUCUUCAAUGACUGGCGGAUCGAGCUUCGGGAAGCGAGUCGUGUGGUCUGGUAUGAGAGAUGGAGAACCAGCCGCCUCAACCGUCAUGUCGCCACGUCUCCUGCUCCUUCCAAAGACCUUGCCCAGAAGAAGGUAUACGGCGGGAAGACUGGGCCUGAUCUCCGUCGAUUUGACCUCGCUUCCUCAUCCAUGUCACUCCAGGUGGGCGACCCACGGUCGCGAGGCCGUUCCAAGUCCCCAGGCGGCCGUAUCCGCGAUCGUUCCAAAUCUCGCGACAGUCGGCAGCCUCCAACCCUUGACCGCACUUAUUUGUCUUCCGCUCCGGCGGACGGGAAGUUGAGGACCAGAUCCAGGAGCAGAGGUGCUGCGCCAGGUGACUUUAUCCGGUCUAAUUAUCGUUAUGGCCCCUCUGAUAGCCGGGAUCCUUACUUAGGAAUCGAGCACGGUCGAGACUACUACUACCAAUCUGAUUCGGGCGAAAGCAAAGGUGCAAAGCGCGACAGUAGAUACUCUUCUUCCGCUCAUCGCCGCGAUGCGCGCUACGAGAGCUACUCGGAGAACUCGUACUCGGACUCGGAGGAUGAUGCGCUUGCCUACGGUGACUUCCCCGAUGAUGACCUGGAGCGAAGUUAUUACGGCUAUAAGGGUACCGGCCGCGCUGCGUCACCGCGUCAUGGGGGCGCUAUGAUGUCCGGUGCACUCAAUCCGGGUGCACCCCCGGCUGGGGCGUCAUCUCGCUCUGGGGAUGGCAUCAAGGAGCGGGUUCCUGGUAGUCAUCCUAGCUAUGCCAGACCCGACCCUUUCAAAUAUGCUGCGCAAUCUCAGCAUCCUCACGCUCAACCUUCACAUUACGGUGACCCUCUUGCUUCAUCUACCGUACCAUCUACAUGGGCACCGAUACCUGAGUGUGAGCGACCGGGGUUUGUACCUCCAUUGCCUCAGAGGCCUAAUCAAGCAAUGCCUGGUGCAUUCCCAGCCGGCUCUACUCAGCCUGAGAUGCCUGCCGCAACCGCUGCAGCCCCAAUGCCUACAUACAGAUAUGUCGAUCCAAGUUCGACACAGAACCCUUAUGCGCCGCAGAAUGGUCGCCCGCUGUCGGUGUCUGCUGCCAAUACAUACGCAGCUGGAGUGGGCUCUUCAGCCCACCAACGCUCCGCAUCGAGCGAUGCGGCAAUCAAGCCUUCAUAUGCUGCCCCAACCCCGUUUCAGUAUGCACAAGUUGAUCCCAACGUGAAAUACUCGACCAAAAGUGCCGUGCAAAAUGCUACCAAGCCGGUCACGUAUUCCGCGGCGCCUCAAUACUCGAAGAGCGGCGGCGCACAGGCCAAUGACUCGCCUCAUAGUGGAGUCAAAUACACGGCUGCUCCUCAACUUCCUAAAACUCCGACCAGUCGUCAGGAAAGCGGUCCGCAGUACGUGGAAAUUGCACCUGGAAACCGGAAUGCUGGCCGACCUCACAUUGCUGGCCCUGACCCGACUCAACGACCGGCCAGCCCGCUCCAAGAGCCGUACAAAGGGACCUAUCAAAGUAUAUCGCCGAUGCCAUCACCUAUUGUCAUUUCGUCACGGUACGAUGAUGACAUCUCAGACCUAGAGCUAGUGGGCACUAGUUCAGACGAGGGAAAGAGGGAACACAGACGCAAGAAGAGUAAGGACGAGAGGGAGUUGAAACCCGAUCGUGUGAGACGGGAGAGUAGCCGAGUACGGCACGAACGACAUGGGUCCACCGGUCCUGACGCUCUCGUCAUGAUAACCCCCAGCAGCAGUCGAAAACGAGUUACCUUCUACGAUGCAGGUCCUGAUGCUCUAGCCUUGCAACAGGCUCUAUCGCACACGCGACAUGUCGACAAUAAGACCCUGAUUAAAGUGCUGCCACACUUGACAAGCGAUGAAAUCCUGGAUCUGCGCAAGGAGUACAAAAAGCACGUCAAAGUCCACGGAAAGGGAGUGAACCUGGCGAAGCACGUCCGACUGAAUCUGGGCAACAGCGCUUUUGGCAAAGUAUGCUAUGCUACGGCUUUGGGACGUUGGGAGUCCGAGGCCUAUUGGGCAAAUUGCUACUACCAGUCAAGUACAUCUCGGCGUGAACUCCUGAUUGAGUCUCUCUUCGGUCGGACAAAUGGCGAAAUCAGUGAGAUCAAAGAAUGCUUUCGGGAUUCACGGUACUCGGAUAGCCUGGAAAAGUGUCUGAAAGCCGAACUGAAGGCAGAUAAGUUCCGUUUGGCAGUCCUACUUGCUCUCGAAGAGACUCGACAGAACGAACGAGAUCCACUUGAUCCAGAACUUAUUGAGCGAGAUGUGCACGAGUUACAUCGCGCUCUGGUUUCGCGCCAUGGAGGUGAGACGGCGAUGAUCUAUAUCAUCGUCCGGCGAAGCGAUCCUCAUCUUCGAGAAGUGCUACGCGCUUACGAGAAGGUCUACCAGCGCAACUUCGCUCGGGCCAUGAUGGAAAAGUCGCAAAAUCUCGUGGGCGAGACACUUGCACAUAUAUUGAACGGAGCAAUCAAUCGACCCAUGCGUGAUGCUCUCCUUCUGCACCAAGCGCUACGCGAAUCACGCACGGGUAAGGAGCGGUCCGAGCUCCUGAUCUCACGACUGGUCCGGCUUCACUGGGAGCCACGACACUUGGAAAAGGUCAAGAACGAGUUCCGGCAGCGGUACCGCGAGCGGCUGGAAGACGCUAUUGCCGAGGAAGUAUUGACAAGUAGCGGAGGUAGCGAAUGGGGAGAAUUCUGUAUCGAGCUAGCUCGCAGCUCCAAGACUCUUGUUGGCCGCGGUUGA